CUUCUCGGAGACCAUAUCACUCACUCAGCAAAAUUAGCAAUGGCUCAUAAUUUUUUCUUCAUUUCUUCUUUAUUCGUCCUGGCAAUAUUCACCCAAAAAAUCCAUGCUGUGGAUUACACUGUCACCAACACGGCUGCAAACACCCCUGGUGGUGCCCGUUUCGACCGAGAUAUCGGUGCCCAAUACAGUCAGCAAACACUGUCAGCUGCCGCUACAUUUAUAUGGAAUACCUUCCAACAGAAUUCUCCGGCUGAUCGAAAAAACGUGGAAAAAGUAAGCAUGUUUGUCGAUGACAUGGACGGAGUAGCUUACGCUAGCAACAACGAGAUUCAUGUUAGUGCCAGGUACAUCCAAGGUUACUCUGGUGAUGUCAGGAGAGAGAUUACUGGAGUAUUAUACCAUGAGAGUACCCACGUUUGGCAAUGGAACGGGAACGGUCAGGCUCCAGGAGGAUUAAUUGAAGGGAUUGCUGAUUAUGUGAGGCUCAAAGCUGAUCUUGCACCAAGCCACUGGGUGAAACCAGGGCAGGGCGACCGUUGGGACCAAGGCUACGAUGUGACUGCUCGAUUUCUUGAUUACUGCAACAGCUUGAGAAAUGGGUUCGUGGCAGAACUUAACAAAAAGAUGAGAAAUGGCUAUAGUAAUCAGUUCUUUGUUGACUUAUUGGGGAAGACGGUUGAUCAACUUUGGAGUGAUUACAAAGCUAAAUUUCCAGCAUAGUGUAAUAUUGCCUAAUUAGACUGAAAUUGAGAAAUAUCAUCUAAUGCAAUUGUACCAAUACAAGGCUAUUUGUGUAUAUGGUCUUGGUAAAAAAUUAUUGUAAUAACAAUAAGCUAUAUAUAAUUAUAUAAAAGCAGGACAUAUGCCCGCUGACGUGGUAUUCUCCUAUGCUAAGUUUACUAUU